AUGACUCCGGCGCGGCCAGCCUCCCUCAACGGACGUCGGCCCCCGCCCCUCGCCGCCCGCACCCACACGGCCUGCGCUCGCACCCUCGCCUGCACUCUGGGGAGCCCUGCGGGCUCGCCCUCCCUCCGCGAGCCGGGCGUCCCGGCCCAGGCGCCCUUGGCUGUCUGGGCGCAUCCUCAGAUGCGGGUCUGGCCACAACACAGCCCGAGGCGCCUGAUCGCAGAGGGAGGGAAAAAUGUUCCUCGUGCCGCGGCAGGGUCCCCCUACAGGAGAGACGCUGCCGUGGAGAACCGCUUUGUUGGUGUAACUGCUGCCAGUCUGGAUCAAACACAGGACUCCCAAGCCCACCAAGUGGGUACCAACUCCAACAACCUGAAAAUACUACUUAGCGAUUCCUCUGUGGAGCUGAGCGAAUACCGCGACCGUCAAUUCGAUGGCAAUGUUGAUGAGCAAGAAAAGCUACUGAAGGAAAGCUCCACAUUGUAUGUGGGGAAUCUUUCCUUUUAUACAACUGAAGAUCAAAUAUAUGAGCUCUUUAGUAGAUGUGGUGACAUCAAGAAUGUAUAUAUGGGCCUGGAUAAAAUUAAAAAAACGGCCUGUGGUUUCUGCUUUGUAGAAUACUACAGUAGAGCAGAUGCUGAAAAUGCCAUGAGGUUCCUAAAUGGGACCUGUCUAGAUGACCGUCUCAUCCGUACGGAUUGGGAUCUAGGCUUUAGAGAGGGUAGGCAGUAUGGCCGGGGCCGAUCUGGAGGUCAGGUACGAGAUGAGUUUCGUGAGGAUUUUGAUGCUGGCCGAGGAGGCUAUGGCAAAAAGGUCCAGGCCCGUCGUUUCUCCGGUCACUCCUGCCCGCGGAGAAAACAUGUAAACGUGCCUCCAGAGGAGGGGCUGGGGGAGCCUGGAGCGGCGGGGGCGGAGGAAGGUGAGCUCAGGAAGGUGGCUGAGGGUCCCUCCUGCCGGGGCCCUGCCGGGUCCUCCCUCGGGGCGUUAGCCCCAGCCCGCUUUGCCCCCACCAACCCCCCUUUUCCAAGGGAUUGCCUUUCUCUCUCUCUCUCUCUGCGGCGGCGGAAAUGA